CAGGUAACGUCGUCUAUCUGGUCAGUCCUGCUCCUGUUUCUCGGAAUGGAUUGUCUGACAGGAACCACACCCAUUUCUCCUUUUCUCCACCUGUCAUUCUUCAGUGAUCCAUUUCACCGCUCCUGGGAAGGAGCUCAUCAAGCAGGCAAAGAGAACCAUUGCUGAGGACUUUCGGCCAAGAAAUGACGUCCAAACUUUCCACCGGACGCUUUCAGCAAAUCAUCGUGAUCAGCGUCCUGCUGCUGUGCUCUGCAGUUAUAUUCUACAUUUACUAUAAGCCGAUGAUGAGCUGGCUGCCAUGCUCUAAAUUUGUACUACCCAAACAAGACGUCUGUACAGAGGAAUGUCUCCACGUCCUUAAGGUGGCGAACCAAACCCAAAUUAUUACUAACUGCACUGCAGUCCAGGUAAAGACACCAACCUCUCAAUCACCAGUCUUGGAAAAGGAGGACACUACAAACGCACAUGAACCUGAGACAGUCGUCUUGAUCUGGAAGUGGCCUUUCGGGUUGCAGUUUGAUUUGGAAUCCUGUGAGUCAAAUUACGGUUUCAAAGGUUGUCGUUUAACACUUGACAGGAAUCAACUUGACAAAGCCCACGCAAUAAUGUUCCAUGUGAGGGACAUCGGAGGUGAUGUAUCAUACCUGCAGACGCUAUCUCGACCCCCACGGCAGAAAUGGGUGUGGAUGAACAUGGAGUCUCCAGAUAACUCAUAUCGGCUGCCUGGAGCAGAUGACUUAUUCAACCUGACGUCAAACUAUCGGAGAGAUUCAGAUAUCUGGGUUCCUUAUGGACAACUUGUAGACAUUUCUGAGAAUAACCAACCCUUUAAAAUACCGGAAAAAGACAAAUUAGUCUGUUGGAUCGUCAGCAACUGGAAAGACAACUUAAAACGAGUGCGUUACUUCAAUGAACUGAGUCAACACAUCAAAGUGGAGGCCUAUGGUCGCCACUUUGGGAGGUAUGUUAACAAUGAAGAUUACUCUCAAGUCGUGAGGAGCUGCAAGUUCUACCUGUCAUUUGAGAACUCCGUCUAUAUAGACUACAUCACCGAGAAGCUCUUCAACCCAAUGAGACUCGGCACGGUUCCCGUGGUUCUUGGUCCAGCCAGGGAGAACUAUGAGGAAUUUGUACCGAGAGAUUCCUUCAUCCAUGUGGAUGAUUUCCAAAAACCACAGGAACUGGCAGAACAUCUCAAACUUCUGGACCAGAACCAGGAGAUGUAUGAAAGGUACUUUGACUGGAGAAAAGACUAUGUUCCCAAGAUGAAUGAUUUCGGUCAGGCGCAGGCUUGCCACAUUUGUGAUCAUGUAAGGAGGAACAAAAAUUACAGAGUAUUCAAAAACGUCAAUAAGUGGUAUUGGGGCUAGUUGUAACACCAGCUUUGCUGUGUUUACUUAGAAGAGGGAAAAAAAUCUAGAUUAGAAUCUAUAUUAAAAUAAAGAAUCUAGAUUCAUAUGCCAAGAC